GCAUGGAGUGGGAGGUACACUGUGCAUGACUCCUUAAUCCCUAAACACCCUGUCAUCCAUGAAUGGAUAGGCUCCUUCAAAGUGCUGGUUUCAGGAAGCAUGGUCGGUGCUUGGAGAUGACAAGAGACAUGUCUCCAUGCGCCUUGUAGCUCGCAGUAGUGCUUGUAAAGCCAGGGCUAUUAAAUGAGCAGAAAUAAAAACAGGGCUGUCUUUUUCGUGUAAAGAAAGGUCUUUGAUUUUAUUGUGGACAGCCAGACGAAAUUAGCAGUAUGUUAGUCCAGUCAACUACAACUUUGUGACCACAGCAGAGGGCGCUUGUCUGUUUACUGAUCUUCUGACUGCCUUGUUAUCUCUGCUUGGAAAAGGUAUACUGUCAGUAUGCAUGCGCUCAGGACUUUGCUUUUGAGAUCAAAUGCCAAAAGUGCUCUUCGUUUACCCACUUCAUCCCUUCAACUGUGUACACAACAGCCUCCCGUGUCACUUAAAUUUGGAUGUCAAGUGUUAGUGGCACAUGGACAACACAGGCAUUGGCUUCAUUCACCACCAGGACAAAAUGUGUCACAAGAUAAAACAUCUCAAACCCCAUCUGUUGAAGGUGAGAACCCAUAUAAAAGUGAAGGAAAUCAACCAGCUACCGCUUCGGACUCGGAUCCAUUUCAAGACAAGUCCAUCGGUCUAUUUCACAGGUUUAAAAAGACUUUUAAACAGCAUGGAAAAGUCCUAAUUCCUGUCCAUCUGGUGACAUCCAGCAUUUGGUUUGGAUCCUUUUACUAUGCAGCCAUGAAAGGCGUUAAUGUAGUUCCAUUCCUGGAGCUCAUCGGUCUGCCGGAUGUGAUUGUAAACAUUCUGAAGAAUUCUCAAGGUGGAAAUGCGCUAACAGCCUACGCUCUGUACAAGAUUGCUACACCAGCCCGAUAUACAGUAACAUUAGGAGGAACAUCCCUUAGUGUUAAGUACCUUCGGAAGUACGGUUACUUGUCCACACCUCCACUGGUAAAGGACUAUUUACACAACCGCAUGGAAGUCACAAAGGAACGUCUCAGUGAGAAAAUGGAGGAAACCAGGGACAUCAUUAGUGGCAAAAUGGAAGAAACAAAGGAUAAAAUCACUGAGAAGCUCCAAGAAACCAAAGAUAAAGUUUCUUUUAGAAAGAAAAAAGAUGAAUAAGUAAUUCCUUUAAGAAGACGUUACAAUUUUUUUUAACUUCUCAAUCCAAAUUGAACUGACAGUCUUGGGCACACGUUUUUUUUUUCUGUUCCGCCAAGUAAAUUUCUUUGCCUUGAACUUUUGUAUUUUAAAGGACACAAAGCACAAAAAUGCAUGUGCCUUUUCUGUGUGUUUACUGUUAGUUGUAAUAUUUAAUGUUUUUCCUGAGCUAUUAGUACAAUAUUGAUGUUUCACAAUUAAGUAAACCACACGGCUAUGCUUCCUGAAAACAA